AUGAAAGAAAAACUAAUAAAUAAUAAUAAUGAAGUAGAAAAAUUUUGUUGCCUACCACAAUCACAAUAUUGCGUUCCUAGCGAAUCUGCAUCCGUGAAUGCAUGCUCAGCAUCCUUACUUUUGUGCAACAGAAUUAAUGAAAAGGCUUUUUGUACAGACACUGCUUUUUUUUGCGGAGGUGUGGAAGGAAACUCUUCAAUCACCAAAAAUAGUACUUGGGGGAAUUGCUCUUCUUAUGAUUUUGAUUCGGUAACUAACAGUUUGUUAACUAUUACUCCUGAGGGUCUAAACAAGAGUUCUGCUGCUCUUAAUCCCUUUAUAACCACCAAUAAUAAUUCUAGUUCUAAUAGUUCGGUUAAUGUUUCUCCUACUUCCUCUUCCAAUAAUAAUUCCAACUUGCCUAUUAUCUUAAGUGUAACCGGAUCUACAGCAGGAGUUGUUGUCAUUGGGGGAGUAGUUUACUACUAUAGAGAAAGCGAUAGGUCUGAAAAUGAAAAUAAUACCCACGAAAAGCCUACCUUAGAACAAAAAGUAGGAAAAGGUGGUUUUGGAGAAGUAUAUAAAGGUAAAUGGGAGUCGCGAGAUGUAGCAGUUAAGAAAUUAAAUAUUUCGUCCGACGCUUCUAAAAAAGAAAUAAGUGAUGAAAUUAAUAUUCUCAAAAAACUGAAUGACAGUCGUAUUAUUCGGUAUUAUGGAUCUUAUUCUGAUGACCAAGAACUUCUUAUUAUCAUGGAAUACGCAGAAGGUGGUAAUUUAAAAGAAUUUAUUGACAGCAUUAAAGAUUUAAAAAGUUUAAAUAUCUUAUUAACUGCUAACCGUGAGGUAAAAAUAGCUGACUUUGGACUAUCGAAAACUAGGGACAUUAGUUUCUCUAAACAAGAAAAUCAAAUAGUAGGAGAAUUAUUUGAGGAAAAUAGUUGGGAGUUAAAAAAAGAUACUGAGUUCUUUCAUCAGUUGCAAAUUGCCGAAACUCACAACCAAACUUUGCCAGAAGAAGUUAGGUUUCCUAAUUAUGAAAUCUACUCUGGCACAACUUAUCACAGUAAACUAAUAGAUGCUAAAACGAUUGUUCAGCAAUCAGAAAAUAUUUUCAAGGCUAUGGAAUAUACAGAUAUUUCUGCCGAUACAAUAGUGGAAGUUUCGGAAUUACCAGAACAAUUAAAAGAGUUUGAGUUAGAGGAAAAAGGAGAAACUUCCCUCCAAUCCCAAAUCGAACAACCUCCUAAACAAUAA